AAUCAGAUCUUGCCUUCGACACUCCACCGUUCUUCACCAUGGAGCAAGAAAACAAGAGCCACAGAGCAGUUCGGACGAAGAACGCGAAGAAGAGUCUUCACAACAACGGCCAUAAUGCAAAAGCAUUUGCUGUUGCGGCGCCUCGGAAGCUUGAGAGACAGGCUCGGCGCACUCACGAUGUGAACGAAAAACGGUUCCAUGUGCCUAUGGUGGACCGUACUCCAGAGGAGCCGCCACCAGUAAUUGUCGGUGUCGUGGGUCCUCCAGGCACUGGAAAAACCACGCUGAUCAAGAGUUUGGUUAGAAGAUACACAAAGCAUACUCUCAGUGACAUCAGAGGACCGGUGACUGUUGUUUCGGGAAAGCGACGCCGCCUGACCUUCAUGGAGUGUAACAACGAUCUCAACUCAAUGAUGGAUAUCGCCAAGAUUGCUGAUCUCGUUCUACUGAUGAUCGAUGGAAACUUUGGGUUUGAGAUGGAGACCAUGGAGUUUCUCAAUAUCCUCGCACCCCAUGGGUUCCCUCGAAUUUUGGGCAUUGCCACUCAUCUUGAUCUUUUCAAGUCACCGGCUACCCUGCGUGCCUCCAAAAAGAGACUUAAGCAUCGUCUAUGGACUGAAGUGUACAAGGGAGCUAAGCUGUUCUAUCUAUCCGGUAUUAUGAAUGGUCGUUACCCAGACCGAGAAAUCCUCAACCUUGCGCGUUUUAUCAGCGUUAUGAAAUUUCGCCCUCUGAAGUGGAGAAACGAACACUCGUACCUUCUUGCUGAUCGUGUGGUUGAUGUCACGCAUCCGACGGAAAUCGAGCAGAACCCGAAAACAGAUCGCAAGAUCACCCUUUAUGGUUACGUCCACGGUACUGCUCUGCCAUCUGCGAACGCUCGUGUCCAUAUCCCUGGUAUCGGAGACUUGACGGUGUCUGAAGUCGAGAGACUUCCGGAUCCGUGUCCCACGCCCUUCCAAGAAAAGAAAGAAGUCGAGGAAGGUAAAAUCAAACGACGGAAGCGACUGGACGACAGACUGAAAGUCAUCUACGCGCCAAUGAGUGACGUAGGUGGUGUCCUGAUCGAUAAAGAUGCCGUUUAUAUCGACGUCGGACACCGCAGCUUCGUCGAAGGUGAAGAGAGGGGUGUUGGUGAACGUCUUGUUGUUGGUCUUCAGAAUGCCCAGAAGAUGCUCGGUGAGGGAAGUGCCGGAAUUCAAUUGUUCCAGGGUGCUGAUGUCCUUAACGAAGUCAAGGAGGAAGAUGAUCUGGAAGACGAAUUAGAAAAGAACAACACCGGCCGAAAGGAACGUCGUCGGGGAAAUGUGAUUGUUGGUGAUUCUUACGAGGACACGGACGCCAAAUUCAACGAUAACGAGGAUGACGAUGACGAAGAUGAUGAUGACGAGGAUGAUGAAAAGGCAUACAACAGUGCGAAUAAAAAGCACCUCGCUGACGAUGACGAAGAAGGCCAAGACGAGGAAUUCGAAUUCGCAGACAGUGAUUCCGACAUGGGCUUCGAUGACGAGUUUGAUGGUUUCGAGGAUGAAAACGGUGGUGAUUUGAGAUGGAAAGACAAUCUCGCCGAUCGCGCUCUCAAAGACUACAAAAUUGGUCGUCGCAAGUGGGAUAUCGGAAAGCUGCUCUAUCUUGAUAACAUCACUCCUGAAGACGUCAUCAAGAGAUGGAGAGAUGAGGAAAUUUCAAACGGAUCUGAAGAGGAAGAAAGUGGCUCCGAAAACGAAGAGGACGACGAUGAUGGAAAUUUCUUCAAGAAACUUGAUAACACUUCGAUCCUUUCUGCUGGAACAGAGGUUAUCGAUCGUUCGCUACCGGCAUAUGAUCAGGAAGAACUAAAAUCCAAGUGGAGCGAGGAAGGCUCAGGACUCUCGCUUAUCAGGGGUCGAUUCUUGACCGGUCACGCUGACGAUGAUGAAGAGGACGACGCGUAUCACUCGAGCGACUUUGACAGCGACGAGGACGGAGAAGACUUGGGUGACUUUGAAGACCUCGAGACUGGUGAGAAGCACGAGUCAGUCAAAAAGGAAGCCUCUGAGGGCGAAGAAGGCGGAGAUGAAAGCAAAUCUUCUAAGCGUGACUACGCAAAGGAACGUGAGUUAAACGCCAAGAAGAAAGAGAAGCUCCGUUUGCGCUUUGAGGAGGAAGAGCUUCAGGAAGACGACGGACUCGGAGACGAUGAUCAAGACAAGAAGCUCUACGAUACUUGGCAUGAUGCUCAGAAGGCCAAGAUUGCCAAACAGCAAGAGAUCAAUAAGGCCGAAUUUGACGAGCUGGAUCAGGCCACUCGUGAUCGUAUUGAGGGUUUCCGAUCCGGCUGCUAUGUCCGUGUAGUGAUCGAUCACAUUCCUUAUGAGUUUAUCGAAACCUUUGAUCCAAAGUUCCCAGUUGUUAUUGGCAGUCUGUUGGCGUCAGAGGAUCGUUUUGGAUUCGUCCAAGUCCGUAUCAAGCGUCAUCGUUGGCAUCGCAAGAUUCUCAAGACAAAUGAUCCGUUGAUCUUCUCCAUUGGAUGGAGACGGUUCCAGAGUAUUCCAAUCUAUACCACCACCGACUCGAGAACUAGGAACCGUAUGCUGAAGUACACCCCGGAGCAUUUACAUUGUCUCGCUACUUUUUACGGGCCACUGGUUGCACCUAAUACAGGUUUCUGUGCUGUGACCUCGGUUGCUAAUAAGUCAGCCACGGGCGCUUUCCGAAUUGCUGCGACGGGUACCGUCCAGGAAGUUGAUCAGAGCGUCGAGAUCGUCAAGAAGCUUAAACUUGUCGGCACUCCUUACAAGAUCUUUAAGAACACGGCUUUCAUCCAGGGGAUGUUCACAUCGGCCCUUGAGGUCGCAAAGUUCGAAGGAGCCACUAUCAAGACUGUUUCUGGAAUUCGUGGACAAAUCAAACGAGCGCUUGCUAAACCUGAGGGACACUACCGUGCUACUUUCGAGGAUAAGAUUUUGAUGAGUGAUAUCGUUAUUCUCCGAGCUUGGUAUCCUAUUAAACCUCGCAAGCUGUAUAAUCCUGUCACUUCCCUUCUUAUCAAGGACAAGACCGAGUGGCAGGGAAUGCGUCUCACCGGCCAAGUCCGUUACGAGAACGAGAUUGCUGUGCCCAACCAGAAGGACUCUCAGUACAAGACAGUCGAGCGCGAAGCUCGUCGUUUCAAUCCUCUUCGUGUUCCUAAGGCUAUUCGCACCGACCUUCCGUUCAAGUCUCAAAUCGCAAUGAUGAAACCGCAGAAGAAGGAAACUUACCUUGCGAAGCGGGCAGUUGUGCUGGGAGGCGACGAGAAGAAGAAGCGCGAUCUGCUGCAGAAGGUUAUGACCCUUCGCAACGAAAAGGAUCGUAAGCGACAGGAGAAGAAGCAGGAGCGCAAGGCGGUGUUUGAGAAGAAACUGGCCGAUAAUGAGCAGAAGAGAAGAGAGCGCGAGAAGAAAGAUAAAAAGGAGUACUUCAGCAAGUACGGCAAGAAACGGGGCGCCGACGGUCCUGGUGGACGGGGAGGAAAGCGCCGGAGAGGUGGCGGCGACGACUUUGAUAAUUAGAGUAUCAAAUUGUCUUAAUGUUUUGUUAUAUCAUAGAGGUAGGAAAUAGACGCAAAAGUUAUCCAUUAAUUCAAAGAGAGACAAAGCCCUACAG